AUGCCCUCACGCGCUGGGCCCCACGCAUGGAGGUUUCUGCUGUUGGCUACUGCGGCGUGGCUGUCUCGGCAUCAGGUUGCUACACCUGGCUUUGUGCCAGCAACUGCCACCCGCAGCCGCAGUGAAGGCUCCAGCCAUGUGCUACGGGGUGCAAGAGGGUACGGCGUCCUCCGUCAGCUUCUUCAGCUUCAGGACGAGUUCCUGUCAUUGCCGCAAACGAAGGAGUUUGUGCUCGAUCGCAGCUGGCCGAACUCAAGCUCCGUCGAUGUGGACGAGUUCCUGCAAAAACAGCGGGAAUGGACCUUUGAAGGCAGUCUUCCGACCGUCUUCGAUGUGCGAUCUCCUGGGGAAUUUGCUGCUGGUCACAUUCCUGGUGCGAAAAGCCUACCCCUGCUUGAUGAUGAGGAGAGGGCCGCCGUUGGCACCACCUUCGCAAACCUAGGCCCGGAGGAAGCCUUUGAUUUGGCCUUGAACAGCGUGCAUCCAAAGUUAGCCGACUUGUUACGUCAGGCUGAUGCGCACGCGGGGGAAUUCAAGAAGGCUGCGAGGCGGCACGUUCUCUUGUACUGCAAGCGAGGCGGGUUACGCUCGCAAUCGAUGGCCAAGCUUCUUUCGAGACAUGGCUUCGAAGUCCUGGUGCUCAAGGGUGGCUACAAGGCUUUUCGUGGAUGGGCUGAACGAACUCUUCGCGAGAAGCCGCAGAAGGUCUGCGUGAUUGCUGGAGCGACCGGCAGCGGCAAGACAGAGGUUUUGGCAGAGCUUGCCAGGCAGAAACUCGGACAGGUUAUAGACCUGGAGGCUUUGGCCCGUCACAAGGGCAGCGUCUUUGGUGGCUUAGGGGAAACGACUCAGCCCAGCUCCGAGCAGAUGAGGAAUUCAGUGGCGGUCCAGUGGGCGGCAUUGGAGCCCUCGCGUUGGGUGUACUUGGAGGAUGAGGGCCCACGGAUAGGCAGUGUGGUGCUGCCAAGCGCUCUGUAUCGCCGGCUGCGCCAAGCUGCACUGGUUCUUCACCUGGACGUGCCUUUCGCGCUGCGCGCCGAACGCUCGCUGGCACUUUAUGGUUCCUUUGGCGCCGAGGCCCUUUGCUCGGCAGUAGAGAAUUUCCGCCACCGCAUGGGCCACUCCCGCACGAACCUGCUUCAGCAGAAGCUGCGGCAGGGAGCACUCCGGGAGGUGUGUGAGGAGAUAUUGCAGAACUAUGACAAGGCCUACACUUACCAUCUAAAACGGGGGCGAGCUGGCAGUGGGCAGAUACUACGCCUUCCGGUCAAUUCUUCGGACUCUGCUGCCGUGGCGCGUGCCGUGGCGGCGGUGGCAACUCCCCUGCAGGUGGCGGCCGAGGCGAGCGCCGAGGCGAGCGCCAAGGAGUUGCAUGUGUCCGAUGCAGCCGCAAUCCGCGAGCUUCCCUGCUUCUGUGGAGCAGUGGUGACCCGCGUUGCCGGGGAUCCUGUGUCGGUGUCGAUCUGCCAUUGUUCCAUAUGCAGGCGUUUGUCCGGAGCACCAUUCGUCGUGAGUGCCGUGUUGCACCCGGAGCGUGUGGAGCUCCGAAGCCCCAAAGGUGGGCCCCCGCAGCUUUCAGAGCUGCGCACGUCCAAGCAGGUGGUGAGGCAGCGCUGUGCUGCUUGUGGCGCGCCGGUUUGCGGCCGCCUGGGUCGGUUUGUCGCCCUCCCACUGGGGAGUUUGGUGUCCGCGGAGCAAAGUCGAAGCGGCAUCGUACCAGAGGCAUGGCAGCCGACUCACCAUCUGCACUACGACAGCCGAAUUCUGGACGUUCGGGACGACCUUGUCAAGUAUCGCGGGCGCGCCCGUGGCGAAGUGUGGACUGCGGAGCAGGGCUCCGACGGCAAGGAAAAGAAUGGAGCUGCGAUGCAGCAGGAGUUCAAGGUGGCCCAGGUGGCCCAGGUAGCCCCAGCUUCUGGGCCAUCGCCGCCUUCUGCACCUGGCCCGGGGCCUGCAGGGGCUGCGGCGCCUGGCGCUGGGCCCUUGGUCGCGCCGGCCCAGAACGUGGAGGUGGCAACAGCAUCAGAUGGCGCAGGAAGCACAGAAAGGGCUGAAGGCUUCCCGAAGGAUUUUGGCGGAUGCUUGCGGUGUCUGCCCUCUUGGCGGGUCAUGCUGCUGCAGCUGGCCGCGUCAGAAACCCAUCAGCAUCCAUCCUCGCAAGCCGUGACGUACACAACCACCACGACUACCACCACCGCAGUCACGAUCAAUGGCGCGUCACCUGGCUUUCCCACUCCUCCGUCGCCCUCUGGGCCAGCGAUCGAGUAUCAGCCGCCGGCGCCGACUCCGCAGGUCAAUGGUCACACGACAAAUGGGGCGGCCCAGGCCGGCAGCGGAGAGAGCAAAGCACUGCCGGCUCCAGCAGCUGAGCCCACAGACCAGGACAUGCAAGCCAUGGUGGCAGCGAGGAAGCUGAAUGCUGGCAUCCCGCGGGCCGGUCCGUUGCCCCUGCAGUGGAAUACCAGCUGUGCGCGUGAUGUGCGCGUCAGAGGCUCUUGGGAUGGCUGGAAGCGCGACUACGCUUUGGAGCCGUGUCCGGGAAUCGGAUUCCGGAUCAUGCUUCUCCUUCCUGCCGGCGAGUACGAGUUUAAGUUCAUUGUGGAUGGGAACUGGACGACAUCGGAGGACAUGGAGACUACCAAGUGCGCCAACAGGAACAAUGUGGCACAAGUGAACGAGAUGGUCCUUGUGCCAGUUCCGCUUUGGAAGUCGGACGAAAAAGAAGGGAAGCCGGCGGGCGAGUUGGAGGCCGGAACCUUGGCCAUAGAGGCCUGA